UCACUGACGGCUUUUGGUGAUGAAUAGUUUCCAACACGCGUCCUCGUUCUCAUCGCCUUCGCUCUGAGAAUCGCCGGAGAAAACGGGAGAGAGGCGGCGGUGAUGGUGGAUUUCGGUAGAUUGCCGGAGGAAUGCAUCUUGCAUGUGCUGUCCCGAACCUCACCGGAAGAUGUUUGCCGGGCAGCCAUGGUUUGCCCGGUUUUCCGUUCCGCCGCGAACUUCGACUUCCUCUGGGAAAAGUUUCUCCCUUUCGAUGUGGAUGACAUCUUAUCGCGCGCCGUUGAUCGCAUAGAGUACUCGUCCAAGAAGGAGUUGUACUUCAACCUCUGCGAUCCAAUUUUCAUCGAUGAUGGCAAGAUGAGCUUCUGCUUGGAGAAAUCGAGUGGGCGGAAGUGCUACAUGUUGUCGCCCAAACUGUUGCGCUUAGAGGGCUUUGAAUGGAUUUCUCUUCGUGAUUCUAGGUUCUCAAAGGUGGCGGAACUGGUGGACGGGCCUUGGUUGGAGAUAUACGGGACACUGGAGACAAAGAUUCUGUCACGGGAGACCACGUACGGGGUACACCUUGUGUUCAGCAUUGUUGAACGGUCUCGUGGGCUGGAUAGGUUUCAUAAGGCAACUGUGAAGCUGGGAGGCAAUGUCUCACACAGAGUGGGUCGUUUCCGGGGAAGGAAAAGAAAACAACCAUCAUCCAAUGGUAGUAACCUAGCAGCAGUGGAGGUGAUGGAGCCUCACAGGAGGCCGGAUGGAUGGAUGGAGAUUGAGAUCGGUGAAUUUUAUACCAGAGACGGUGAUGACGGUGAGGUGAAGAUGUGUGUGGUAGAUAAUAAUGCCCGCCACAUCAGUGGUCUCAUCGUCCAUGGUAUUGAUAUCCGUCCUAAAUGCUAGAAACCAUAGAUGUGCCUGUAUUCAUGUUGGUUUUGUAUUGUCUUAGCUUUAUGUUCUUGUGCCAGUUUUGUGCUAGCUGAUGACAUGUUCUUUAACCCCAGACAUAUAUAUUAUAAAUAAUGGUGAUAAAAAAGCAUAUUCUUGUUUUUUAA